AGUCCAGAGCAAAAAUCAACGCGAAUGAUGAUGAUGGAUAUGAAGACGCUGUCCUUGCUCUGCGUGGUGCUGGCGGUGUUCACUUGCCACACCUUUGCACAGUCCAAGGCGGGCAACAACACCGAAGAUUGUCCCCCAGAUGGUGGCAAUAAUUCCAAUUUCGACGAUGGCGACAAGAAUGGCCAGGCCGGACUUUGCAUUGCCUUCCAGGGUGUGCGCGACCUGAUCGAUCACGUGGCGCUGGAAGCCCUGAUCGAGACGCACUCUCAAUGCGACGCCAAGUUCCGCAAGGCCAUACGCUUCUUCAAUACGCCCGUAUUCGAGGAGGUGGCCCUGCAGCUGCAGGAGAGCGAGGCCUAUCAGACGGCGCUGGAAGAGCUGCAGCGUGCCGGCGUGGACACCGCAGACAUUGAGUUCAUUAUGGACAUCUUUGCGUGCAUUUCGGUGCCUGUGCCUCUGUCCGAAAAGAGCUGCGACUGCAGCAAGAUCAAGAAGAAGGGUCACAGCUUCCUCGCCGACCUGCUGGCCCUCAUGCCCAGGAGUGAUGUGCACAACUACUACGUGGAUGCCCAGUCAAAGCAAUCGAACUUUGCCCUGUUUUCGCUCACGGUCACGUCGGUAGAGUUCCAGGCCACUCUGUACGCCAAUAUUAAGAAACACGAUGUGGCCCGUCCAUUGAGGACCCUGCGCCGCUACGGAUGGGACAUUCCCGAGCUGCUGCGCGCCAUGAUAACGAUUCUCUCUUGGUGACCUGCUGACAGGACACGCCGCCACUCCACUCCAAUUGGGAGCAACUCGGCAUUGUAUGUAAACCAAAUACAGCAACAAGUUUAAAGAAAAAAAAA